GGCAGGGAGUGAGUAGGUAGGUGUGAGGGCGAGAGAGACUGAGGCGCCGCUGUUCUCGCCGCCGUCUCCUCGGACGCCGGCGCGUCGCUCGGGUCCUCGGACGGCGGCGCCGCCGAGCCACUUCGCACAUACCACCGGCUGUUUGAUGAAAUGUCGACCUGCAGUUCCAAGAGGGCGCGAGGCGCCAGCGAUGGUGUCGACAGGCUCAGCAGCCUUCCCAAUGAGCUGCUCCACCGCGUGAUGUCCUUCCUGCCGAUGCCGGAGGUCGUGCGCACAAGUCUGCUCUCGCCGAGGUGGCGCUAUCUCUGGGUCUCUACGCCAUACAUCCACAUUGACCACCAGGACUUUAUGGAUGACAGCAAGCUCAAGAAUUUCGGGAACCACCUGCUGCUCUUGCGUGACGGUGCCACUUCCUUAGAUGAAGCCCAGAUAUCUGCCCACAAAGUUGUUGAUGGUACAACGUGUUGUGAGUGGAUCCGUCAUGCCAUCAUGCACAAAGUUCUUCUGCUUCAUGCUUCUGCAUAUGCCCGUUUGGAUAGCACAGCCAUGUUUCCUUCACAGCACCUCAAAAUAGUCAGGCUCAAAUCUAACUUGUUGAAACGUGGAUUCUUUAGGCAGCUGAACUGCGACUGCUCAGUGCUUGAACAUUUAGAGCUGGAGGGUUGCGGUUUGUCUGACGUAAACGAGAUCUCAUCGAGGUCCCUCAAGGUUCUACAUAUCAUUCGCUGCCAUAUCGUUAAGGGCCUCGUAAUUUGUGCUAGCAACCUUACCCAUCUCUCUAUCGUUGAACCAAGAUGUCGUUCUGGUGCUAUAGUAACUAGGGAUCUGCCUUCUCUAGUAACAGCUUCAGUUAGUCUGAGAUUCGACGAGUUUCAUUAUAAGGAAAACACAAUGCUGGGUCAUGGUCUACUUGAUGGCCUCUCACAUGCCACGACCUUGCAGUUGCAUGCACCAUUACCUGAGUUAGCACUCGAGAGAGGUUUGCGGACAUGCCCGGUGUUCAGCAACCUGACAAGUCUGGUGUUGGGUGAUUGGUGCAUGGCUGCUGACUUCUAUCCGCUGCGUCACAUUCUACAUCGCUCGCCCAAACUGAAGGAGCUAAGUUUCAACCUCGAAAUGGAGGAAUGUAGAAAAUGUAAGGAAUUGGAAUCUGCUUUGCCAUCAUCAAGGGGAGCUCCGUCGUCAGGCGCAGGCAGCCACCCUUGCAUCGAGAGGAUCAAGAUCCACUGCCAGAAAGAAGAUCCAAGGGUCGGUGCGUUGGUGCAGGCAUUGUUACUGGUCAGUGAUGUGGAAAUCGGCAUCGAGCGUCGCUGAACUAUGUUAAUCAAGACCUUGUUUUGUUUUGGGGACCUGCCACCAUUGGUCAGUGCUAAGUUAGUUUUUUGAGACAAAGGUGUUUGGAGUUCCUAUGUUAAUGAGAAAAGGGCCGCACUCCUUGUCAGAAA